AUGGCCAACGGCCUAACCGGAAUUGAUCUAGUUCGCUGCUGGGUCACCUGGAGAGUCUUGCAACUGAGCAUCCGGCCCGGUUUAAUGUGCGAAUACACCGGCGAGUUAACAGAUCCUCAGUGCCACUGCAACAUUGAAAUGACUGAGGAAGACAUCAACAACAUGACCAAGACUCUGUUGAACAAGAGCUUGGAAGAGUGCAGCCAAUUUGGACUGAGCCCUUUCUGUACGCUGAAUGAGCCGCCAGCUGCCGACUCAGCUUUCUGGGCCAAGAAAUUACCAGAGAAACCAAAGAAAACUCGGACAAAGAAGAAGGCCUCCAAAAAGCCUGCUAAGAAGAUGUCCAAGACUGUCGAGUUAUUCGAUUUGGAUGACAAAGACGAUGAUGAUGAGUCGGAGGAUGAAGCAGAAGCCAGCCAUGCAGAUGACGCAGAGGGAACAUCUCACUCUUCUUCUGGCGACUCAACAGGGACUCAUGUCCCGGCCUUCAAACCGGUGCUAGGGACCAUGGCAAAACCCAGCAAGAAGGCGAAGGUGACCAAAACUCCUGAGAACCCUUCUGAGUCGGAGCAUCAGACAGAAAAAACCUCUCAAGCUCCUGAAGCCACAGUUGAUGAACCGCCACCAGUUGAUCAAAACGUUGACAUUGACCAGAUGAAUGUUGAUCCGGCCAUCACCGAUCCGCCAAGCCCUAUCAAAAUGGCAAGUCCUAUUAAAUCGGCGGAAGAAAAUGACGAUGAUGUUAACAUCACUGGGCAUGGCUAUACAGAGCCAGGCAAACCCACUGUCCUAUCCAAACACAGUGCUAAGGAAGAAAUUCCUAUUGCUGAGAAGGGCAAGUGGUCAGCCAAUCUGAACAGUUAUGCCAGUUUCAGUGCCCAAGAGAUUCACUGGGCCGACCUUAGUAGCAAAGAAUCCCAAGUCGCCGACCUUCAAGAAAACAUCAAGUCUCAGCAAGCAGAAACCUCCAAGGCCAAAGAUGAGCUGACGCUGCUUUAG